AUGUCAUUUUUCAAUUUUCGCAAGAUCUUCAAGCUCGGGCCCGACAGGAAGAAGAAGCAGUACGAACACGUCCACCGAGACGUCAACCCCGAGGAGAUUUGGGACAUCAUCGGGGAACUCGGUGAUGGAGCAUUCGGCAAAGUCUACAAGGCUCAGAACAAGCAAAACGGAACCCUCGCUGCCGCAAAGGUCAUUGACACCAAGACUGAGGAUGAGCUUGAUGACUACAUGGUGGAAAUUGACAUCCUGGCCUCCUGCGACCACCAUCACAUUGUCAAACUCCUGGACGCCUUCUAUUUCGAGGGCAAACUCUGGAUCCUUAUUGAGUUCUGUGCGGGUGGUGCAGUGGAUGCCAUCAUGCUGGAACUGGAGAGGCCCCUGACCGAACCUCAGAUCCGUGUAGUGUGUAAGCAGACGUUGGAGGCUUUGGUCUACUUGCAUGAGAACAAGAUAAUCCAUAGAGACUUGAAAGCUGGCAACAUUCUUCUUUCCUUGGAUGGCGAAGUGAAACUUGCCGACUUUGGUGUUUCUGCUAAAAACACGAAGACGUUACAGAGGAGAGAUUCUUUCAUCGGAACGCCGUACUGGAUGGCGCCAGAAGUGGUGAUGUGCGAGACGUCCAAAGACCGCCCGUACGACUACAAGGCGGACAUCUGGUCCCUCGGGGUGACCCUGAUCGAGUUGGCGCAAAUUGAGCCGCCCAAUCAUGAGAUGAAUCCCAUGAGAGUGCUGCUGAAAAUAGCCAAGUCUGAACCGCCCACCCUCAUGCAACCCUCCCGCUGGACACCUGACUUCAAUGACUUCCUCCGCAGAGCACUUGAUAAGAAUGUGGACAACCGGUGGGGCCCGUUACAGCUUCUACAGCAUCCAUUCGUCGCCAGCGUCAUAGACAGCAAACCUCUGCGAGAGCUCAUCGCUGAAGCUAAGGCAGAAGUCACGGAGGAGAUAGAGGAUAGCAAAGAGGAGGAAGAAGAGGACGAGCCUGAUACCCCCGUGGCCGCCCCUGGACAUAAGCGAGCACCAUCCGACGUAAGUAUGGCGAGCUCCGAGGAAGACAAAGUUCCGCCAACUCCAUCUGCGCUGGAGGCCGUCACAGAAAAAACUGAGGCUGAACCAGCCGGAGACGGAACCAGUGAUAAGAUCUCUGAUGAAGGUUUUGAAACUAGUGAGCCUGACAGGACGGAAGAGGAGAUAGUCACCGAGGUGCCCGAGGCCGGUAAUGAAGAGCCGGUCUCAUUGGAGCCUGAGGGCAAGGCCGAUGAGAGUAUUGCUGACCCGACUGCUUCUGAGGAAGAUGUAGAAAGAGGGCAGACAGCAGAAGAUGAAAUAAAUGAAUCUCCACAAGUAGUGGGUGAUGAACAACCUGAAGAGGUGAUCAAUGAAGACGAGUUGAAUCAACAGAUUAUCGAUUCUUCAGAAACAGAAGAGCCCCUCGAAGAUGCGCAUGCCAAACCAGAGGUUCAGUUUGAACAAGUGAGCAAGCCGGAUGACAUGCUUCACCAUGAACUCACCGAUACAGCCAAUGGUACAGUUGUUAUUAUGGAAUCAAAUAUUGUUGGAGACUCAGAAACAAAGUUGGAUAAGGAGGAAUCUCUUUCGGAAAAGCCUGAGCUGAAGAUUUCCGACUUACCUGAUGAGGAAGUCAGACCUACAAAUGGAGUAUGCGACAAUGUCAGCGAUAUCUCUGAAACACAAACGCUCCCAAUGAAGGAAGAUGAUGAUGCCAUUUUGGCAGAGGACAGCAUGACUCAAACUGAAAAGGAGUCUGAGACCAAGACAGAGCAGGGAAGUCCUGCUGUGUGCCGGCAGGAAGCGGAGAAGGAUUCCGACUCCGGUAGCAGCUCAGCUGCCGACACUAGCAGUCUGGACCUGAAUCUGUCCAUCUCCAGUUUCCUAUCCAAGAGCAAAGAAGGAAGUUCUGUGUCUGUACAGGAAUUAAAACGUCAGAAGAAGACGCUGAAAAAGACACGCAAGUUCAUGGUGGACGGCGUGGAGGUCAGCGUGACAACGUCCAAGAUAGUGACGGACGACGACGCCAAGAAUGAGGAGAUGAGGUUUCUUAGGCGGCAGGAACUGCGAGAACUGCGCCUGCUGCAGAAGGAGGAGCAGAGAGCUCAGCAGCAGCUCAGCCACAAGCUGCAACAGCAGAGAGACCAGAUAUUGCGGCGUUUUGAACAGGAAACGACAGCUAAGAAGCGUCAAUACGACCAGGAAGUGGAGGGCCUGGAGAAGAAGCAGAAGCAGACCAUCGAGCGCCUGGAGCAGGAUCACACCACGCGACUCAGGGAUGAAGCCAAACGCAUCAAGGGCGAUCAGGACAAAGAACUGUCCAAGUUCCAGAACAUGCUGAAGAACAAGAAGAAAGAGGCCAAACAGGAAGUCGGGCAAUCACCUAAACACAUGCGCAAAGAGCUCAUGAAGCGCUUAAAGGAGGACCUAACGCUUCUUAAGGCCACUGAGGCGGUCGCCCAGGUUAUGAUACAGUCUUUUCAGUUGUCCUCAUGCGCACUCUUCAAUGCUCAGAUGCAGGAUGAGCAGGAGUUUCUCCAGAAGCAGCAGCAGGAGCUGGAUGGGGAGCUCAAGAAAAUCAUCCAGCAACAUAAAGUGGAGAUCGCCACCAUUGAAAGGGAGUGCCUUAACCACAAGCAACAGCUGAUGAGAGCUCGAGAAGCGGCCAUGUGGGAGCUGGAAGAGCGCCACCUGCAGGAGAAACACCAGCAGCUCAAGCAGCAGCUCAAGGACCAGUACUUCCUGCAAAGGCACCAGCUGCUUAAGAGGCACGACAAAGAGAUGGAGCAGAUGCAGCGUUACAACCAGCGUCUGGUGGAGGAGAUGAAAAACAAGCAGAACCAAGAGCGAGUCCGCUUGCCCAAGAUCCAACGCAGUGAUGGGAAGACCCGCAUGGCCAUGUUCAAGAAGAGCCUUCGCAUCGCCCCGUCGGCCAUCAUCACGCCCGAGCAGGAGCGAGACCGCGUCAAGCAGUUUGCCUUUCAAGAAGAAAAGCGGCAGAAAAACGAGCGUCUCCACCAGCACCAGAAACACGAAAACCAGAUGAGAGACCUUCAGCUGCAGUGCGACUCCAAUAUUAGAGAGCUGCAGCAGCUACAGAAUGAGAAAUGUCACCUACUGAUUGAGCACGAGACCCAAAAACUAAAGGAGUUGGAUGAGGAGCACAUUCAGGAGAUCAAAGAGUGGCGAGAGAAGCUUAGACCCAGAAAGAAGGCACUGGAGGAAGAGUUCACGCGUAAGCUCCAAGAGCAAGAGGUGUUCUUCAAGAUGACCGGGGAGUCGGAAUGCCUUAACCCCACCGCUCAGAGCCGUGUGUCCAAGUUUUACCCCAUCCCGCACGUUCAGGGCUCUGGAUCAUAA